CCGAGUGGCUUUUUGAUCGUUACAAGGUUGCUGUUGACAUGGUUAGCUUGGCAAAUGAACAUGACAAUGAGAGAUUGUUCUGUUGAGGCGCUGUUCUUGCCAGUCUUAUACUUUUGAACUUUUCCGACAAACAGCAAGCAACAACAAGCUCCCCACCACUCCCAAUCCUGAGAGCUCGGCCAUCCACCUCAUAGCACAAGGCGUUACAGUCACCAAGAUACGAGUACCUUUUCUUUGCAUGGUCGCAAAGUCCACAAUCGAUCAUGUCGGAAUUCAUCUCAUUUCUACCACCCCCCGGCCUGGCACUGGCAAACUAUGAUUCGGCUGCACUGCAUUCGACGCAGUCACCAGAUGUGCCAGAGGUCUUCCGCGAUGCCAUGAGCGUGCGUGAAGACGUCUUUGUCAAGGAGCAAAAGGUUGCGUUGGAGAACGAGGUCGACAUGGAUGAUGCUCGCAGCUUCCAUUGGGUCGCAUACGCCUCAGUCGGCACGUCUGGCAGCGACGGCAAUGCUGCCAUGGACGGCGUCACAAAGGAUUCGGCCACGUCUGCCGAGCAUACUGGACGGAAGGGCAGUACUGCCAUGAAACUCCCAGUCGGCACCAUCAGACUGGUUCCUCCUCCUCACCCACCCCAUCCUCAGCCUGGCUCGAGUCACAAGAUUGACAACCACGAGGGACUGCCCCAGGACAUGCAGAGCGGGCUAAGCAAGACUGAAAUGCACGAUGGCAAGGAAGCCUACAUCAAGCUCGGCCGUUUGUCGGUCCUUCAGCCCUUCAGAGGACUCGGACUCGCUCGCCUCCUCAUCGAUGCAGCUCUUACGUGGGCAUCACAGAAUGUAGACAAGAUCCUUCCACCCAUGUCGCCUGCGGCAGCCGAGCAACGCAAGCUCGAACUUGGAGGCGGUGUUGAGGUUGAAGAUGUAUGGAGAGGACUGGUCUUGGUACAUGCACAAGCACAGCUGGAAAAAUACUGGGCUCUGUUUGGCUUUGUCAAGGACGAGAGCAUGGGCACGUGGGAAGAAGAGAAGAUCAUGCAUGUCGGCAUGUGGAAGCGUGUCGAGUUUGAUUCAGAGUUGACAGGCGGUCGCAAGAAGAGCGUGGUGGGUUAGAGCAGGGAGAGAGGUGGGUGAAGGGAGAUUGGACGGCGUCCUGGAGUUUGCAUUGUCGAUUAGAGAUAUCCCCCAACUGACGAACUGCAUAAUGAUAAGACGGAUUGGAGAAAGAGAAAA